AUUUCAAAAUACCAUCACUCAGAAGGCGUUUUGUUCGGCGAACUUUGUUUCCGAUUACGAUCCGAUAGGGAGAAAUCUACUUGCAGAUGAUGCGUUUUACACAAAUUUCAAAACAGAUUUAAUGGAGGAUUUUAUCAGAUAUGUUGCUUUCAUAUUUUUAUGUUUUUUGGUCAAUGGUGAGUUUACUAAUUGUCUAACUUUAUGUUAAAGGCCGUAUAUUAUGAAGACAUCAUUGUGUUGUAUUGUAUUAUAAUGUCAAAAAUCUUGAGAAAAUGCUGUAGAUAUAACGCUAUCCAAAUAUAUUCUACCACAUGUGGAACCAUUUGGAGUCUGACAGAGUAAAAUUACAGAAUAGCAAUUUAACCAGAAGCUCCACAUUACACUUGUUUAGCUAUCUGAAACAAGCACUGCCAAGACAUACAAAUUGAUAUGUCGAGAGUGGGACGUACUAACAUACUUCUGGUUAAAUUGUUAUUCUGAAAUGUCACAUCGCUUAAUGCACCCUGCUAAUGCAAAGUUCUUCACUUUGGCUAUGGAGACUUGUUUUUAUGUAUGUGAUAGUAUAUAGUUAAAGCCCGAUAUUUCAAUUACGAAAACAAGGCUGUACCACCAAGAUGACAUAUGGUACUUUCAGGAAGCAUAUUGGUUAAAUUUAUAUUUCAACUCGAAUGCUUCCAUUUCAGAUGUUUCUACAGAUUGUGACAAGUGGAUGACAGUUUCCACAGACAGGACAGUUCAUAAACAAGGAUUUCAUAGGUAUUUGUGAUUUUGUGACAAAUAAUGUUUAAUGACACAGAAUUGGCCAUCCUUACAGGAUGCAACCGUCACAGGGUGGAUUUCAUCAAAACAAUCACUUUCGACUGGUCGAAAAUGAUUGUUUUGAGGAAAGAAAUGUUACGACAAUUUUUGAGAAAUUUUCAAAACCUGUUUUAUCAGCCAAUUUGCUUUUGUGUUACUUUUUGUUGAAUUUCUCUUUUUCCAUAUUUUCAGGGAAAUUGUGAGCAAUUUGACAUGGAUUAUUGAAAAUGAUACUAAAAUGAACUGCAUUUUAAUGCUGGUCCAUCACAUACCUCGUGAUAUGUUUGUGGAUUUAGAUGAAAUAAGAUCUGUGGAUACAAGCAAGGUUUGUUAACAGCAGUGAUGUGAAAAUUACCAAAAAAAAGUAACGAGUAAAAUUACAAUUACUUCUCCAAAAAAGUAAUUAUUACUAAUUACUUAUUACUGUCUUUCAAAUGUAAUUAAUUACCGAUUACUAAUUACUUUUUUCAUAAGUAAUUAAUUACUAAUUACCUUGAAAUUACUUUCAAGUUCUCAUGGACUUAAACAACAAUAAAAAGUUAAUUCAAAAGGCAGUUCCAAAGUUAAGAGUUAAGACUUAUGCAACAGUAUUAAAUUUGGAGCUUUAAAAGUAGUGCCGACUCAAAAUGGUCAUCAGUUAACCGAUCGCAUGAUCAAGCCUCCACAGCUGAAAAGACGUUCAACAGCUGCACUUGCAAGCAGUACGGUGUUCAGCUUCAAAGCCAUUUGCUUCAAAGGUGCAGUACAUUGUCCAUUGUAAACUUUGGCAUCAAUAAUAAAAGUCAUCGUCAUCAUCGUUUUUUUGGAAAAUAAUAAAAGUGCCCAAAAGUAACGCAAAUUACUUUUUUAAAAUGUUACUCGUUACCUUCAAAAAGUAAUUGAUUACGUUACAAAUUACUUUCCUGCAAAAAGUAAUUAAUUAACAAAAAAUUACCCAAAAAGUAAUUAGUAAUUAGUAACGCGUUACUUUAGUAACGAGUACUUACAUCACUGGUUAACAGUGUCUUCCAGUGAUGGUAGUGGUCAUGUUGUGGUUCUUAGGAAGGCUGAUUUUUUAGAAAUGAAAAAACAGUGGAAAAAGUUUAAAAAAAAAGUGGGGGAAAAAGUAAAAAAAAAGUAGAAAAAGUAAAGUUUUCCACUUUUUAGAUAGUUCCUGUGGGAGAUCCAAAUGAUUUUGAUGUUGAACGUCCAGCACACUUGUCAACCAAGAUAAAAGUCCUCGUUUAUCCAGAUAUAAAGAAACAAAAUAUGGAAAGGUAGUUGAAUCCUUGUAUUUUGAGGCUUGUCGAUUCAUGCUUUUGCUCUGCUUAAUUUAUCAAUGAAAGACUGCUAUACACAGUGAGCCUUAAUUGAUUGCUGAUCUCCAUAAAAUUGUUAGCCUGAGUGUCAGACGAAUAUAAUUCGUUAUUCGUCUGACACUCAGACUAUAAAAUUGUUUGCCCUGGAAAUUCUCCACUUCCUUGCUUGACAAGACAUUCUACAUUCAUGACCAUCACAUGAAGGUUUUAUUUUAUUUUUUCUAGUUAUUUACGACUUACAUCAAGCAGUAUACUUCUUGUACAUUGGAGAUAUCAACAACCAACACAACAUCAACAUUAUGUCCCAGUAACUUUACCGAGACCUACAAUUUUGACAAGAUGCCAAGGUAAGAAAAAUUUCUAUAUACAUUAAUUUCCAUAUUAUUGGUCAACUCUGUUUAAUUUUAUUUUAUUCCAACGACAGACAAUUUUACUUCUGAACAUAUGCAACGAUGUCUCAACAAACAGGAAAUUCUGCAAUAUCCAUGCGACCAUGACACUGCUGAGAUGUGUGACUGGUUUGUUCUCAGACAGAACUUAAAUGUAAGUAUAACUUAAGUCAGCUACACAUGUUCUUGUAUUAUGCUGUUAGUCACCCUUCCUGUAGUGGACAAAUAAGGAUGCCCUCUAACUAGACCUCUACAGUAUGUGAAUUGUGGAGAACAAUUUACUUAGAACUGAUAGAGUUAACCAGUAUAAAUAAAGUUAGGUUGGUUUAGGUUUCCUCCUGUAGUAACACUAGAUUUAUAAGACAUCAUUAUAUUGGACCUCCAGGGAGAACAGUUUAGAACUGAUAGGGCUAUCUAGUAUAAAUAAAGUUUAGUUUAGUAACACUGGAUCAAUAAAAGAUGAUCCUUACUGGACCUCCAGGAAGAACAGUUUAGAACUGAUAGAACUAUCCAGUAUAAAUAAAGUUAGUUUAGUUUAGGUUUCCUCCUGUAGUAACACUGGAUCAAUAAGAGAUGAUCCUUACUGGACCUCUAGGGAGAACAGUUUAGAACUGAUAGAGCUAUCCAGUAUAAAUAAAGUUAGUUUAGUUUAGGUUUCCUCCUUACUGGAUCAAUAAGAGAUGGUCCUUACUGGACCUCUAGGAAGAACAGUUUAGAACUGAUAGAACUAUAUCCAGUAUAAAUAAAGUUAGUUUAGUUUAGGUUUCCUCUUGUGGUAACACUGGAUCAAUAAGGGGAUGAUCCUUAUUGAACCUCUAGGGAGAACAGUUUAGAACUGAUAAAACUAUCCAUGCAGAAUAAAUAAAGAUAGAUUGCUUCCAUGUUUCCUCCUAGAUCCACUAACACUAGAUGAAAAGGGAUGCUACAGACCUCUAGGAAGAACAGUUUAGAACUGAUAGAACUAUUCAGAAUGAUUCAUUGAAUGUUUUCAGUUUUUAAAACAUCCAAAGCCUUACAGUGUGAUCCAUUAUUUUUUUACUGUAAAUAAUAAACAUGGUUAUUGUUUCCAUUUCAGAACCAAAACAAUGAUAUCAUAUUUACAGUUCCAGUUGGUGUUAAGAAACAUACAUACUUGGUCGCAUGUGGAACUAUUUUUAUUACAUUAUCUGCGACGUAUAUUCUCAUGCAACUGCCGUGGUUUGACAUCAACAAGGAAAAAAUAAGAUGACGAGCAGGCCUCGAACUGUAGCUACCUGCCAAAUGUGAAAUUAGGCAGGCCAAAUUUUAAGGAAAGGUGGGGGGGGGGGGUAUAUUGCGCUUGCCAUGACAUUUGCGCUGCUGAAUCUCAAGGUAGUUUGAUUGUGUAAUCUCUCAAGUAUUAUUGUUCAUCAUUUAAUUGUACAGCACAUUCAACUAGAAAUGAAAAUUGUAUAUAAAUAAUAAUUUAUUUAAAUAGGAAAGGGCGUUUUUAAAAAUAAAAAUGGCAGCCAAUAAUUCAUUUGAUCUGCAAAAAAGCCAAGAGUGAAAGUUUGUGUACUUAAUUUUCAUGGUAGAUCAG